GUUGAGUUUGAAACAGUGAAUUCAAGUUAAAAAGUUAAUUUAAUUGAGUCAGGGAAAAGUUUUAGUUUAUUAAUCACUUGAUUUAUGUUAUUUUUACCGAUACUGUUCAACUUAGUUUAUACUUCUUCCACAAAAGAGAACAUAAGCCAAAAAAAAGUGAAUAGAAGAAUAGUUGCAAAAAAUUGCGAUAAAAAAAGGAGAAAAAAUAAGUUUACCGAUAUAAUGCAGAAAGUGCAUUUAAUUAAAUAAAUUUGAUCAUUAUAAAAUGAUCAGUAGUGUGUAUAUGAUAAUAAAUAUAAUUAAUUGUGUCUAAGUGAAUAGCCUUAAAAGGAUUUUCAGACAGAAUUUUGUCAAAUAAUUUUUUGCACAAUGGACGUUCCAAUUUUUCUCGAUGGUCGAGUUGGAUCUACGACACCUGAUAAAGGUGUUUCGGAUAUGACGAGCAUUCCAGACAUCGACGAAAAUGGAAUAAAUAGAAACUUAAAAGUUCGUUAUGAUCGAGAUGAGAUUUAUACUUACACUGGAUCGAUUCUUGUUGCUGAUCACGUGUUCAAAUAUCACGGACAGAAACUUGGUUUGCUAGAACCUCACGUAUUUGCACUCGCAGAAGCUGCUUAUCGAAAUAUCAUCGAUAAUGAUGAGAAUCAGUCAUGUGUCAUUUCCGGCGAGAGUGGUGCCGGCAAGACCGAAACAACCAAAUUUGUUUUGCAAUAUCUUUGUUCGGUGACGUGUGAUGUGUCGACAUGGGUUCAACAGCAAAUUCUUGAAGCAAAUACGAUUCUUGAAGCUUUUGGCAACGCGAAGACAGUUCGGAACGACAACAGUUCGAGAUUUGGGAAAUUUAUGCAAGUUUGUUUUGAUGCUAAGCACACAAUAAAAGGUUGCAUCAUUCAGGAUUAUCUUCUUGAGCAGUCACGAAUUACAUUUCAAAGUCCUGGUGAACGUAAUUAUCAUGUUUUGUAUCAAUUGGUUGCUGAAGGGCAGCAUAACAAGGAAGUUGGUGAAGCUUUGCAUUUGCGCGAGCCAGUUUUUUAUAAAUACCUCAACGCAUCGGGUAGCGUUCAAGUUGACAUUGAAAUGGAGGCUAGAAAGUUUGAAGGACUUCGGCUGGCAUUUCAAGUUCUUCAGAUUCCACAGCCAAUGGUCGAUGGAAUCUUUCGAGUUCUUAGUGCAAUUUUGUGGCUGGGAAAUUUAACAUUUGAAGAUGUUGAUGGAGAGAAAUGUGAGCUUGCUGUUGAAGACAAGGAGAUUAUUGCAAAGGUUGCUGAACUUCUAGGCUUAGAACCAGACGAUGUUCGUCAAGUCGCACUAAAACGUCAAAUAAAUGUUCGCGGUAAUAUCACGGAAAUCCCGUUGAAAGUACAGGAAGCUCGCGAGAAUCGUCACGCGAUGGCAAAAGCACUUUACUCGAGAACAUUUGCUUGGCUGAUUAACCACAUCAACACUUGUAUUAAUCCGGGACAGGAUGCAACAAGAUUUCUUGGUGUUCUUGAUAUUUUCGGUUUCGAGAAUUUCAGCACAAACAGCUUUGAACAAUUAUGCAUCAAUUACACCAACGAGAAACUACAUAAAUUCUUCAACCAUUAUGUCUUUGCAUUAGAGCAGGAAAUUUAUAAACAAGAGGAAAUAAAAUUCUCACAUAUUCAGUUCACUGAUAAUACGCACUGUCUCGAGUUGAUUGAGAAACCACCAAGAUGUUUAUUAAAAUUACUAACUGAACAGUGUCACAUGCCAAAAGGAUCUGACGGUGCUUAUCUCGUGAAUUUAAACAGUGAAUUCGAAGGACAUUCAAGAUAUGAAAAAAGUGCUGAUCGUCGACAUUGGGAGACUGAAUUCGGAAUCAAACAUUAUGCUGGUCUUGUGACUUAUCAAGUGAAAGGCUUUGUCGAUAAAAAUCGUGACGUUCAACAGGAUGUUUUAUUCGAUUACAUGACACGAAGCAAAAAUGCUUUUGUUCAAGAGUUAAGUUCAUAUCAAGAUUUAUUGACAAUUCAAAGUCAAUCUCAGUCUUCCACGCAACUGUCAGCAUUAGCAAAUGGUAUUGGAACUGUCCAAAGAAAUACUUCAAAAGGGAAACUCACUGUUAGUGAUACAUUUAGGUAUCAAUUACAAGCACUCGUCGACGUUCUGCAAAGCACAAAUCCAUGGUAUGUCAGAUGUAUCAAACCGAAUUCUGAGAAACUCCCAAAUGAUUACGAUAAUCAAAUGGUCCUCGAUCAGCUUCGUUACUUAGGAAUGCUUGACAUCAUUCGAAUACGUCGUGAAGGCUAUCAAAUUCAUCUUCCAUUUGAAGAUUUCGUUCACCGUUAUCAAUGUUUGACAAAACGAGUCAGUAAACUUCCGAUUCAGGAUCAGGUGUUGUAUGUAAUAAAUGAAUUGCACGUGCCGCAAUCUGAAUGGCAAAUGGGAAAGACGAAAGUAUUUCUAAGAAGUUGUGUUCAUGAGCCACUUGAGGAUGCUCGCAAACAAGUCAUUCAUGCAAAGGCAACAAUAAUUCAGAAACAAUGGCGAAGUUACAGUGCAAAGAAAGGUUUUGGAAAUGUUCGGAAAGCUGUUCUUAGGAUUCAACAUGCAUACAAAGGUUGGAAACUUCGAAUCGAUUUCCUUCGUAAACGUCGCGCUGCAAUUGUCAUUCAAAGUCAUUUGCGUGGCGUUUUUGCACGUGAAGUUGCAGCUGCUUUAAGAGAAAUGCGACGAGUUGAAGAAGAAAUGAGAAAACGUGAACGGUUAGAAGCUGAAAGGAAGCAAAGAGAAGUAGAACAAGCUGAAGCCGAUCGUCAAGCAUUGGAAGAAUCUGAACGUGUCGCAAAACAGGAAAUUCUUGCACUCACACAAAUGGCUGAACAAAUCAACUCAAAAUUCUCAGCACAACAACAAAAUCAAAGGCGACCAGAAUCAAAUGUUCCAAAUGGUGUCAAAAGCAAUAGCGAAUCAGUUGAUCUUGACAAUUUGUUUGCCUUCUUAAGUGAAGUGACACCAAAUGGUCAGAAUUCAAAUUCAAAUGCCAUCAUCAGUGAGAUUGGAGAGAAAAUGAAUCAUUUGGUUGAAGAUCUCGAUGUGGAACUUGAGAGUGUGAUUCAACAAGAAAUUGAAGGUUUGACGAAUGAAAGAAACUUAAUAGUUAGUCAGCAACAGAAUCAACAUCAACAACAGCAACCACAACCACCUCAGCAACCACAACAAACUCCUCAAAGUUAUCAACAACAACAGCAGCAGCAACAACAAGCACAAGGAAAACUUGGCGUUCCGUCACUACCCGAGCCAACAAUGCCACCACCACCAGUCCCAAUGUUUAAUGGAGACUCAAAUGUAUUACCACCACCACCUCCAGCGCCUGCUAAGAAGCCACCAACUGCACCGACUGAAGAACCAAUUUAUGAAGCAGUUAUUCAUCAUCGUGAACCACCAAAUCAUCACAUGAUUCAACUUCCACCACUUCAACCAAUUGUCACACAAAACAUUCAAACAUUACCGACGGUUAAAGAAGUUCCUGAACCACUUCCAACACCACCAAUCGAUAACCACAUAAAACUGCGUCCAAAGAGUCCCGCAGUCCAAAAUGUUCGCUCGUCAAGUCCAAUGAAUCGAUUGUCAGGUGGACCUUUGUCACCAUCAUCACCAAAACAUUCAAGACCAAGUUCACGUACAUCAUCGACCGGUGGUGGUCAUCCAUUUGAACGUGAACAAAGACGAAAGCAUCGUGUGGAGAAGAAGCUUCAAGAAAUGCAAAGUGAUCACAUUGAUCGUGAAAAGGAACAACAUCAACGUGAAGAUAUUUAUCACGACAUUCUGGAGUUUGCUGAGAAUUUCUUUAAUACUCAUGAGAGAUCGCCGGAAGGUACAAUAAUGGCGACAUUGACAAGAAAGGGAAGGAAAUCUGUCGACAUGGUACCGAAGUAUGAGAUGAUCACUUAUUACCGUGGAAAUUCCAUUCCAUCGUCGCACAUCCACAUGUAUGAUCCGGAAAAUGUUACACUCGCUUGUAAUAUCUUCAAAGAGCUUUGCAAAUAUAUUCGUGGUGAAUUGAGUGCUGAGCGUGAACUUCAAGUUAUUCAAUAUGUGAUUGGACAAGGAAUUGAACGUGAAGAGCUUCGCGAUGAGAUUUUUAUUCAGGCGAUGCGUCAAGCAACAAAUAAUCCAUCAAUUGAAUGGACUGAUCGAAUUUGGUUGCUUUUAUGUUUAGCGAUUGUCGCAUUUCAACCAAGUAAGUUGCUGUUUAAAUAUUUCGUGAGCUUUUUGAAGAGAAAUCUCGAGCAAUUGGAUGGAAAAUUGAGGCAAUAUGCGCAAUGGUGUUUGGAUAAUUGUAAGAACACAAAAGUCAGUUGUCGCCAAUUUCCACCAUCAUCAGUUGAAAUAGCAGCAAUGCGUCGUCUUGGAACAAUUGUUUGUCGUUUCUUCUUUCUCGAUGGUCGAACAAAAGCAAUUGAUGUUCACCCAACUGACGCAGCUUCAGACGCUGUAGCGAAGCUCGCUGAAAAAUUGGGACUUUACAAUAUCGAAGGUUGGGCGAUUUAUCAGUCAAGACCCGAUGGUGAAGAACAUGUUAAAAGGCAUGAUUUUCUUUAUGAUAUUAUUGCUGCAUGGGAAAUAAAACAAACAAAGAUUCAAGCAACGAAUUCAACAUUGAGAAAGAACGCAGCGACUUUAGGUUCGGGUGAGAAUCGUUUUGUGUUUAAAAAGCGAAUGUUUAAGACAACACGUGAACUUUCACAAGAUCCUAUCGAAGUUAAUAUGCUUUAUGCACAAGCUGUUUAUUCAGUUGUUAAAUGCGAUGAUUUCCCUGUAAGUGAGAAAGUUGCUUUGCAGCUUGCUGGUUUACAAGCUCAGGUAGCACUUGGUGAUCCAUCGAAUCAACCGAAGCCAGAAUAUUAUUCAGAAGUUUCGAGUUAUCUUCCUGAAAGGAUUUCAAAAACACGCGAAGAACAUUUUUGGAUUCCAAUUCUCGCACAAGCGCAUCGCCAAUAUGGAGCUGGUCGAACAGAAUUGACAGCCAAAGUUCUUUACUUGUCAUGUGUCAUGCAAUAUCCGCUUUACGGAACGACAAUGUUUAACGUUUCUUAUCGUGGUUAUUGGAGUUACGGCAAUAGUUUAAUUCUUGGAGUUAACUGCGAAGGGAUAGUUUUAAUCAAACCUGACGACAAAUUCAUUCUUUACGAGUUCAGAUAUACUGAAAUUGAAUCGAUUAUGUUAGAUCCAUCGGAUUCUUUCAUCACAAUCAACCUCCUUCGAUCAACAACCGCACCACCCGAACAACAACGUUGUUAUGUCUUCGAAACGAAACAAAAGCAAGAAAUCGGUUCUUUGAUUGUUUCAUAUUUUCCUCCACUUUCUAAUUGGAUUACGGAGAAUGCUGAAAAUCCUACGAGAAAAGCUAAGGGAAUCACAAAUGAAGAUCGUGUUCGUUUGCAUCACAAUAUUGUCGUAUGUCGACGUCAGCUUGUUGAUACCGAACUUCUUCGAAAGCCUCAUGACUUGUCGGGUGGAUUUUUGAGAAAUACUUUGAGAAGAUUAUCAAAACAUCGACUCGAGAAACUUCGUGCUGAACAUGGAAAUUCUGUGAGUGAUCAUGGUGAGAGUUAUAAAGGCUUUCCACAUGCGUAUUGGGCAUUUAGUCGUCAAUCAUUACCACAGUCACUUACGAAGCUUCCAGAUCAAGAAGAACAAGCAAUGUUGAAUGUUUUUCAAUCAAUUUUAACAUAUUCCGGUCUUGGACAGAAUGGAGAGGUCGUUCAAAGAGCUGAAGACGAGCACAUCACAUUAAUUCAAUCGAUAAUGGAACGAUGUAUGCGAAAAGAAUCACUUUUGAAUGAACUUUAUCUUCAACUUGUUAAACAGACAACUGAUCAUCCCGAUCCGAACUCUCGUGUUAACUUAAGACAUUGGGCUUUGAUGGCGCUUGCAUGCUCCGUCAUUCUUCCACCACAGAAGAUUGUUAGAAAAUAUUUAAUUGGACAUUUAAAGCGGUGCGCUUCUGAUUACAUAAGUGAAGAAGGGAAAUAUGCGAGAUUUGCUGAGAAAUGUUUUAUGAAGACGCAAGGAACACGGCGACGACAAUGGCCACCAUCACGUGAAGAAAUCGUUUGUACAAUCAAUCGAAGACCGAUUUAUGCUCGCUUUCAUUUUAUGGAUGGACAAUAUCAUUCAGUUGAGUUUCACCCAAGUUCGACAGCGAGAGAAGUUAUGGAGAUUGUUAAGAAGAAGAUUGGCUUGCAAGAGAAUGCUCAGGGAUAUGCAAUUUACGAAGUUCUUGGCGCAAGUGAAAGAAGCUUAUUACCAGAUGAAAAGGUUGCUGAUGUUAUGUCAAAAUGGGAGAAAUAUCGAACAGCAGCAGCUCAAGCUGUUCAACAAAGCCAAACGCAAUCAAGUUCACAACAAGCUCAGCAGCAACAAGUUUGUCGUCGUCAACAUCAUUUGUUCUUGUUUAAAAAACAUUUAUUCUGCGAUCAAUACAUGAAUCUUGAUGAUCCAGUUGAAAAAGAACUUUUAUAUCAUCAAGUGUUACAUGGAUUACGAAGUGAACGUUUCCCGAUUUCUGAAAUGGAAGCGAUAAUGUUGACAUCACUUCAAGGACAAGUUGAGCUUGGCGAUUGUACGGAAGUCGUCAAUGAUUAUCGUGUGAUUGCUGGUCAUUGUCUUCCACCACGUUUUGUUCCAAACAUACCAAACGAAGGUGUCGCAAUGCAUCAUCAAAGCUUACGCGGUAUGACUCAAACUGAAGCUAAAAAAUCGUUCCUAAAUCUUAUUCAAAGUUGGCCAUUGCAUAAAGCAACGAUAUUUGAUGUGAUGCAAUCAUUCACUUCUAAUUGGCCGCGAAUUUUAUGGUUGGCUGUCGAUCAGAAGGGUUUGCAUUUGCUUGAACAUCGAUCACGAAACACUUUGUGCACGUAUGAUUAUCAUUCGAUUCUAUCGUUUUCACCCAAUAUGAAUUGCUUGAUGAUCAUUACGGGAUCAGAAAAGAAACAAUCGAAAGUCAUCUUAACAACAUCACAGGCUUUUCAAAUUGCAAAUCUUAUUCGAGAGUACAUGGAAGUAAUAAAAGCUCAAAUGUUAAAAGAUGAAGCUUUAGCACCACCCGUUGCACCUCAUGCGCCAGCCCAUGGCUUAAAUCAACCAACAACUCUGAUCGGAGCUAACAAUAACGUGGAAUUAAGAAAAGGACAACGACCAACUUCAGGAAUCCUUCGUCAUUCAGGAUUGGCAGCUCCUAGUUAAUAAAUACUUUUAAACAAUUGAUAAAAGAGUUAAUCAGCUUCCAAAUAAUCAAAAGAAAUAUGUUAAAUUUAUUGUCUAGUCACAUGGAAACUUCAACCUUACUACUUUCAUUUUUUUACCUUUGAAAAGAAAGACAUGCGACAUCGGUUUUUAAAAUUUUACUCCCAAAUCUCCAUUAAAAAAUAAAAAAUACCUACUCGUAGAAUAAUCGACAUUUGUCUCUUUAAAAUGAUAUUUUCAAACAUUUCCUUACUGCUUUUAAGUAUCUCAAAUCUCAGACUUAAUAAUCUAAGAAUGACAAAUGAAAAUUUACGUGGCAGUCAUCAGUCAUCACCGUCAUUUCAUUUAGAAUAUCGAAAAAGAAACUUUCAAAUCAAACAAGAUAUCCUUCAAUGACAAAGAAUUGACGAAACUGUUGUUGAUACUUAAACUGAAGUUAAUCCUACACACAUCUAGAUAGUAAAAUAUUAUUAUUAAUUCAUGUACAUCAAAUUUCUUACAAAUUCUAUUUUAAUUAUUUUUUUUCUCUAUCGAAAAGCAAAGCCAAUGAUUUUUAUAAAAAUAUUUAAGUAAGUUAAAUUACCUAUUUGUCUUUCGGUUGAAUCGAAAUAAUUUAGCUCUCUCUCGUGGUGAUGAUUUCUUUAAUUAUGUUUUAUGGUUUUGAUUUGGAAAUAAAACGAUAAUCGAAUCCUAAUGUUUGUCUUUUAAUUUCUUUACUUCCAGCUUGAACAUUCAAUUUUAUUUAUUUAUUUAAAAUAGAAAAGUGAUGAUUGAAAAGUGAUAAGAAUCAUAGUUAAAUUGUUCAAUUUUUUAUUUCGAGAUGUCAUUC